AUGCUUAGUGGGAUAUCGUGGAUAUUCUGUGGACUGAAAAGAAGAGAUCUAGAAGACCAAAUAGAUAUAGACAAACCACCUAGUUCAGUGACGAAUUGCGAAACGAAUUUGAAUUCAAAUUCAACAUCUUCAAGACUAGCACUCAAGAGUUAUACGCUUCCCUCUGCAGAUGAAGAUAUACCGCAAGUAUGCAUGGGAAACGUAAAAGAUGUAAACAUUAUCCCGUGCUUGAAUAAAGACGAUGCGACUAGUUAUUCACUGGUGUACAAGGAUGCGAUUGAUAGAUUUGAUUUGUCAGAUGGACUUGUUGGUACUGAUGUCGACCAAAAGAGUUCGCUGAAGGCUAAACGGCUCUCAGACAUACGGAGAAUGUCAUCAUUGACAUAUCGAAUGGAUGAUACUGAGCCAAAUAACUAUGUGACCACUGUUUCGAAGCCAUCAGAAAGUGAACGGUCCUAUAUUUCGGACCAGUACGAUAGUUUCACUCGCACUUUGAUGUUGCAAAACUUAAUUGGCAAUUCGAUUAAUACCACCAAGAAGAAUGUUAUCAAGGAGCUUUAUGAUCCAUAUCUGGAAAACUUGAUAUCUGUUGGGGGGAUAGUUGUUGUUGUUAAACUGUUCAAUGGUGUAAACGAUUUUGAAUUUGAUGCGUUAGAAAUAGGCGACCUUUUGCGAAUUGUCAGAUUUUAUGUGAAGGGAGAUAUUGAUAUAAAUAAGUCCAAAAUAAGACAUGAUGAUGAGUCGAUAGACAUCGCAGAAUUUCAAAAUGAUUCAUCAAAUGAAGCAACAAUCAGAGAUGGAAUAUGUGUUGGUAGAUCUGAUCCUAAUUAUGAUAGUGUGUAUUGUACUGGGAUUUUGCUUAAUACGUACUUAGAGUAUAACAAACAGACCUGUGAUUUAUCUUUAAGACUAAAGAAAGGUCCUGAAGUUAAUGAAUACGAACUCCUCAAAGAUUUCCCGCUUAAUAUUGUUUCUCUAGAAACAACAGUUUUGAAAAAGGUAUCUGAAUCAUCAGUUGCUAAAGAUAAAUUGGAAAAUCACUUUUGUUAG